AUGUCUUCUGAUAAUUCCUUUGGCCAAUUCGUUGCUAGAAACAAGACGGCGAUCGUAGCAUCGGUUGCUGCUGGUGCUACUGCAGUUGGGGCUUAUUACUACUACCAGCAGCUGCAAAGGCAGCCUGCUAACAAGAAGGAGCCUGAAAGCGAAUCUAAGUCAAGCAAAAAGAAGAAAAAGACAAAAAAGAAGGCUCCCGGCCCAAGCUACCCAGUCAAUGAGAAAGGGGAGCCAGAUCUAAGCAAUCUGGCUGAACUGAGUGACGAACAGAAGGACAAAUACGCUAUGGGCUUGAAAGAUAAAGGAAACGAAUUUUUCAAGAACAAGAAAUAUGAUGAAGCUAUCCAGUACUACAGCUGGGCCAUUGAGGUCAAAGAAGACCCUGUUUUCUACUCCAAUAGAUCUGCAUGCUACGUUUCGUUGGGUCAACAGGAAAAGGUCGUUGAGGACACUACAGCAGCCUUGAAGUUGAAGCCAGACUACUCUAAGUGUUUGCUUCGCAGAGCAUCCGCAAACGAGAGUUUGGGCAACUUUGCUGAUGCCAUGUUCGACUUAUCUGCAGUGAGCUUAUACGGGGACUUCAGUGGAGCUUCAAUUGAACCACUGCUGGAAAGAAACAUGAACAAGCAGUCUAUGUUGGUUUUGAAAGAAAAGUUAGAGAAGCAGCAAGAAUACAAGCUGCCUUCCAAUACUUCAUUAGCUUCUUUCUUCGGCAUUUUUCAGCCUGAGACCACUUUCGAGAACUACGACGACAACUCCGAGGCCGACAAGUACUUGCUAGAAGGCUUAACCAAUCUUUACAAAAGAACAGCUGACGGCUACGAGACUGCAGACUUAUCUUUUGCUAAGGCAAGAGAUGCUUUUAAAGUCUUACUGGAGCAGAACCCUGAAGAUGCUGACCUGAAGAGGAAGGCUGCUAUUGCUUUGGAACACGUCGGUAUCUUCAAAUUUUUGAAAAAUGAUCCUAUCUCUGCUCACGAAGACUUGAAGAAGGCUGUCGAGUAUUUCCCUAGACCUAACACGUACAUUUACAUGGCUUUGAUCAUGGCCGACAAGGGUCAAGCCACUGAAUAUUUUGACAACUUUGAGAAAGCCCUGAAACUCGACCCUUCAUGCGCUGCCGUUUACUACCAUCGUGGCCAAAUGUACUUUAUCACUCAACAGUUUGAGCAGGCCGGUAAAGACUUUGAGAAGGCUAAGGAAUUGAGCGAGUCCAAUAUUUUCCCUUACAUCCAAUUGGCCUGCUUGACAUACCGUGAGGGCAAAUUUGAUGACAGCGAGACCCUAUUUAGUGAAGCUAGAAGAAAAUUCCCAACUGCUCCUGAAGUUCCUAACUUUUAUGCUGAAACUCUUUCCGACAAGGGCGACCUAGCAGGCGCUAGAAAGCAAUACGACAUUGCCGCAAAGCUAGAAGAUGCACUCGAUGGUAUCCAUGUCGGUGUUUCCCCAUUGAUUGGCAAGGCCACAUUGUUAUCCAGGGAGCCAAGCGUUGAAAACUUUGUUGAGGCAACUCAGUUGUUCGAAAAGGCAUGCCAGAACGACCCAAGGUCUGAACAGGCCAAGAUUGGUCUAGCCCAAUUGAAGCUCCAGCAAGAGGACAUCGAUGAGGCUAUCGCUCUGUUCGAAGAAGCUGCCGAUCUUGCCCGGAGUUUCGACGAAAAGCUACAAGCAACAACUUUUGCGGAAGCCACUAAGAUCCAAAAGAAGAUCAGGGCAGACCCAGUUGUGAGUGCUAAAAUCGAAGAGACUCUUGCUGCUUAUCGUGCACAAGGUAUGAUUUAA